AGAGCCGAUGUAAACAUUCCCACAGCAUCCGGGUUACUAAAUAUGGCUAGCCGUUAGCUUCCGUUAGCUGUCUAGUGUCGCCAAUCGAAAGCUGUAGACUUCUGUGCGUGUAGCUAUUGAACAUAUUUUCACAGUCUUAAAAUAACAAAUGCAAUUGUAAUAUGUAACUCCAAAAAUUAAACCAAGUGUAACUUUGUGUGAGCAAACGUAUUCGUAUCAGGAGUGUGGACAGGUGUUAGCUAGAUUAUUAUGGCUAACGUUAGCUAGCGUUGUUGUGACAGGGGUUUUUUUUGUUUAUUAACUCGUUUUACUGUUGUUUUUGUUGAACAAAUAGUUAAAUGCACUGUGCUAACAUAGGAGAGACGCCUAACAGUAGCCGCUAAAUUGCUUGGAUGGCUUCAUUUGGCUGGAAGAGAAAAGUUGGGGAGAAGGUUUCAAAGUCAGCGGUGCAGCAGUUUGAGGCUGAGGCACAGAAGUCUGAAGAUGCUGGAUCAAGUCAGGAUGAUGAGGUGGACUGGUUGCACGCCAUCAAACGACGGCGGGAGGUCUUGCUGGAGGACUGUGCAGCCAAGAGCAAGAGGCUGAAGGAUGAAGGUGCAAUGCUGGCUGAGCAUGGCAGGCACUGGGAGGCUAUAAAGAAGUUGGAUGAGGCCAUUCAGCUGACUCCGGACAACCCACUGCUGUACGAGAUGAAGUCUCAGGUACUGACCAUCUUACAGGAAGUGUUUCCUGCAGUCAAGGCAGCAGAAAUGGCGGUGAAGUUCCGCCCACUUUGGUGGGAGGGCUGGCAGACUCUGGGCCGUGCCCAGCUCAACCUGGGAGAGGUGGACCUGGCUGUGAGGUCCUUCCAGGUUGCGAUCCACCUGUGCCCAUCAGAGCCCACGCUGUGGCAGGAUGACCUCGAGUGGGCACGGAGGUUACAGAAACAGGUUUUAGCAACCAAGGAGAAAACUCGGCAAGAGGAGGAGACCAAAAAACAGAUCAUUAACGCCCCUGAGCUCGAGCAGGACUAUGAUGAUUUUGAGUCUGAUGAGGUGCUGGCCGCCUGCGUGGCAGUCGCUGAGCGACAGACACACUACGAGGAGCUGAAGAGGACCACCGUGGUCAUGGACGCUGGAGGAAAUAUAAAAAAUGUUCUCACAGGGGAAGGGGGAUCAGAGGAAGCAGUGACACCAUCAAAGGAACAGUUUGUCAAAGCAAGAGGACUUUGAAUUGCUUUCAGCAUGUCCUGAUUGUCCGGGGUACAUUUUUUUGGACUGAAUGGUUUUAUUUCUGAAACCACAGCAAGAGUGUGAAGCUAUAGCAUAAGAAAAACAAUUCACAUGCAAGUGUGAGAACUGAAACAUUUUGGUGAUGGUUUAAAUGCAACAAAACAAAAGACAAUUGAGUUUUGUUGUUUUGCAUUUUCCAUCCCUUUAAUGUUUAUUGUGUUAAAUGUGCAUGGGAAGUUUUACGUGUUUAAAAGCUAUAAACUUUAGCAUCUCCUAGUUGUGACAAGACAUUCACUGUAGCUAAUAGCUGAUAAACUGUGUGGUUACAUUUCAAUCUACUUUGUGAAACAAAAGACUCACUUGAAAGAGUUCAUGGAAUUUAAUGCAAUAAAAACAGGAAUUUCACAGUGCCCGAAUCAGCAGCUUUUUCGUUUGGAUUUUUAUCAAAUGGACAUACCAAAGUGGACAUAAUUUACAAGAAAAUACAAAUAAAGCUCCAAUCACACAUAUUAUCCUAUAUAGGAUGCAGUUAAAAGCUGCUAACAUGUUAAAGAAACCCAAUCAAAUAUUUGGGUUACAGCUGUUUCAUAUCCUCAAGGCUAAUGAAUACAAAUCUGAAAGAGAGGCAGUAGAGAUUAAACAGAAUAAAAUGAUUUCCUAUCUCAGCUACAAAAUCCAGAUCCAACAUUUUCUGUAAUGCAUAUCAUCUCUGAUAAUUGAGUAACCAUGACGUGUGAGGUUUGAUGUGUCUGUGUUUGUGUUGCUGAAAAUAGCAUGUAUGUUCAGGAAAUUGUCAAUUAGUGAAUAAACAUAAAUCAAAAUA